GCAGCGGGGUGAAGAGGAGCGAGGGAGAGACGCGGGGGGAGCGGGGCCGGCUGCAGCGGGCGGGGGCAGAGCCCCACGGAGGAAGGGUCGGCUGCCGCGACGCCGCCUGCCCCGGCUUGCUCUCCCGGCUCCUCUCCCGCGUAUCCCGCUCCCCGGCGCUGGGCGCCUCUGGCACCGAUGGAUUGAGGGAGCCGCAGCUCCUGAAGCCCGGACUGCUCCCCUCCCCCUGCCCCUGCUCGCCUUGCAGGAUCAGUCGCCCCGUAAGACAGGCAAACGCGUGCACAGCCCCCCUCCCCCUUCCCGCUUGUGCAGAAACUUCUUUUUCUGUUUGGGCUUUUUCUUCUCAGUGUAAAAUGGAGGGAGCCGGCCCCGGGAUGGCUCUGCAGCGGCGGACCCCCGGCUCUGCACCGCCCAGCCUUUAAGCAAGUGAAGGGGGGCGGGCAGGAGGGAGCCCUGCACCCGCUCGGCUCCAUCGUCCCCCUCUCGCGGGCCGGUCCGCGCCGAGCUGCGGAGGGGGCGGUCGGCGGCCCGAGCGCCGGCGGAGCCGGGUGGGAGCGCGGGGAGCCCCGCGGCGGCACCACCUGGGCUGGUGGGACGGAUUGUCGCCCGCGGCGCUUUCGCUGCCGCUUGUGAAGAUUUUUAUUUGCUUCCGCACAAUCACGCCCACGGGCGCUGUGUGCGUGUGUUGGGUUGGCUUUUUUUUUUGGCUUUUUUUUUUUUUGGUUUUUUUUUUUUUUUUGCCUCCUUCUUCUUCUGCUGGUGGAAAGCCCUAAUUACUGCGAUUGCUGAUGGACCUUGGAAAGAAGGCUGCACUGGUGCCCCGCUCCGCAGUCGGACACGCUCGGUUUGCGCCGGACAGGGCGGCCGCUCGCCCGCCGCCCCCCGCCAGCUCCGCGGGCCCCCGCGCUCCCCCGGCCGCGACUCGGGACGAUACCGCCCGGCUCCUGCGAGCCAGGAUUUUACUUUCGUCUCGCCGUUUCUCCUCCUGCUCCGCUUGGAUUACUUGGCUGCUCCCGCUCGGUGAUCCCGCGCGAUGGAGAAAUCCAGUGCAGUAUUAAUCCACGGAGGUGCUGUGGGGACAGUUGGCAGUACAAUGGCUUCUCAGUACCUCGUAGUGGCUCUGGCCGUUUUCUCCUCUUUUACCCAGGUUGUAAUAGAAGCCAGCUCUUGGUGGUCCUUAGGGAUGAACCCCAUGAACCCCAUGAACCCUGUUCAGAUGUCAGAGGUGUAUAUUAUAGGAGCCCAGCCACUAUGUAGCCAGCUAGCAGGGCUUUCCCAAGGACAGAAGAAACUCUGCCAGUUGUAUCAGGACCAUAUGCAGUUCAUUGGAGAGGGUGCAAAGACGGGCAUUAAGGAGUGCCAGUAUCAAUUCAGACAUAGAAGAUGGAAUUGCAGCACUGUGGACAACAACUCUGUUUUUGGCAGAGUCAUGCAGAUAGGCAGCCGGGAGACGGCGUUCACCUACGCGGUGAGCGCGGCCGGCGUGGUCAACGCCAUGAGCCGCGCCUGCCGGGAGGGCGAGCUGUCCUCCUGCGGCUGCAGCCGCGCCGCGCGGCCCAAGGACCUGCCCCGGGACUGGCUGUGGGGCGGCUGCGGGGACAACAUCGAGUACGGAUAUCGCUUCGCCAAGGAGUUUGUGGACGCGCGCGAGCGCGAGCGAGUUUACCAGAGAGGCUCCUACGAGAGCGCCCGCAUCAUGAUGAACCUGCACAACAACGAGGCCGGCAGAAGAACAGUGUACAACCUGGCUGAUGUGGCCUGUAAGUGCCACGGCGUCUCCGGCUCCUGCAGCCUGAAGACCUGCUGGCUGCAGCUCGCCGAUUUCCGCAAGGUGGGCGAUGCCCUCAAGGAGAAAUACGACAGCGCCGCCGCCAUGAAGCUCAACAGCCGGGGGAAGCUGGUGCAGGUGAACAGCCGCUUCAACGCCCCCACCAUCCACGACCUGGUGUACAUCGACCCCAGCCCCGACUACUGCGUGCGCAACGAGAGCACCGGCUCCCUGGGCACCCAGGGCCGCCUGUGCAAUAAGACCUCGGAGGGCAUGGACGGCUGUGAACUCAUGUGCUGCGGCCGGGGCUACGACCAGUUCAAGACGGUGCAGCGAGAGCGCUGCCACUGCAAGUUCCACUGGUGCUGCUACGUGAAAUGCAAGUUGUGCACAGAGAUCGUGGACCAGUUUGUGUGCAAAUAGGGCACGGACGAGGUGGGAGGAACUGCAGCCGCCUGCCAGCAAGGGGUGCGGGCCCCUCUCCCUUUCUGCAGGACUAUCUCCACUUUAUUUAUAGAGUCCAAGGAGUUUUCGUCUUCUUUUAAGAAAAUAAAAAAUUAAAAAAAAAAAAAGGAAAUAAAAAAAAGGGCGGGGAAGGAAAAAAAAAAGAAAGAAAAAAGAAAAAUAUAAAGGUUGCAAAGAGAAGUGCCUGGAAACCCUCUCUGCGUCCAUCCCAGAACUGUGUGAGGCUUAUAUUUUUGGCAAUAAUGGGGGAGAAUCUGAGAAUAUUUAUUUUACAAAGUUAAAAAAAAAAAUUGACUUUUCUUACAAACAAUAGAGUAGUUUGAGGGGAAAAGCUGACAUAUCCUAAUUUAGAUCCAUGGAACGUAAUACACGUGCAGUAGACAGAGCAACCACGUAAUGUGCUUGGGAUGUUAGAACCAUCCUUAUGGAUGUGAGGAACACACAUACCUGUCCAUGACUUUUAGGUUCAGACACUAGAAGUUCCUAGAAUAGGGUGUAUAAAGCUGUUCAGUGCUUGUAGGGCUCUGUAAAUAAGGGGUAUGUUCAUCACAAGGUGCGGUGUCGGUUGCCCGCCAAGGGUCACCGGAGGGCAAAGAGCAAAGGAUCAGAAAGGCUUCAACUGCGCUAUCCCUGAGUCACCAGGGCUGGUUCCAGAACCGAGCAAGACAGGAAAAAAAAACAAACAAGAAAAAACAGAAAAAAAAAUCUGUCUUGGUGAAUAAUAAAGAUGUUCUUCAAGGCAGAGCUUGGCCUCAUCAGCUAAUUGUGCCGUUUGGGUGUCUCAUGUGCCGGAGCAGCCCAGGGCAGGCUGCCUGGAGCAUUGGAGCUGGGCAAUGCUUACUAACAGCUUUGCUUUCCCAGCCUGGAAAGCCCAUGGAAAGGAGAGUUCCCCAAAUUUGAAAAUGCCUUAAAAUGGUGUAAUAGCUGGCUGUCUUUCAAAACACAGCUUGACAAAUAACUCCUCUAAUUUUAUGUGAGAAAAUAAAUCAUUAGAUAUCCGCUCUUGGAAUGACUGAUUUUUAUUUUUUUCGCAGAUUUUGGGAACGCUUUCACUCAAGGAGACAGUAGUUUCAUAUUUUAAUAACAUUAACUGACUAUUAUAGUUCAAUGAAACGUUGCAGCAAUACCAAAUUUAUCAUCCUAUGUCUUUAAUACACAUGCUUUAGAUAAUAUACUGCAGAUAUACACUACAACUGUUCAGACUAUACUCGAGCAGUUACAUAUAUAUGGGAGAACUGUGGUCUCUGGUGUCUGAUACUUCAGAGCUUUUUGUACAUAUAUAUUUUAAUGAUUUAGAAAAAAAUAAAACGUCUAAAUUAAAGGGGCAGUUCAUCCCUUAUUUUUCAGAUCUCUUCAGGUGUUUAGAUUGGUUCUAAGCUUUUGGUGGGUUUUUACUGUUAAUUAUUAUUUUUUAAAGAACUUUUAAUAUUCAGAAGUUUUGAGGAUAAUCACAAAGAAGUAAGCCUCUUCCCAAUUUCAGGACUUCCUUGGGUGGUUGGUAGAGGCAGCACCCUGCACUUGAAUUGAUACCAGUCUGGAGAUCACUUCUAUUCCACUCUCACGUUAAGGGCAUUAUUGAUUAUUGCUGAAAGAGACACCUUCCAACUCCAAAAUGUGCUGCAUUCGGCCCUUGCUUUUCAGUUUUUGAACAGAGAAUUGUUAUUUGUCAAACAAUAUGUGUUCCCUCUGUGCUGUGUAGUUACACAGGAUUUCAUCUUUGAUUCAGAUGCCACUUUCCAACUCAGUCCCAUCCUACAAGUUAAAGAAAAUGGUUUUGCAGAUACCAAGUGAGGAAAACCUUUCACUUUAGCCUAGUUGUACUAAAGCCUUGACUUUUCACAAGCCUUUAAGCUGUAUCAUUAAAUUCAUCUUGAUCAUUUAUCAGCUUCUUAAUGGCGCUUUAUUGCUCUUAAUUUAUUGUACAAGGACAUAUUUACCCCUCAUCUUCAGAUGUUUGCAAAGAAUAUCUUUAAAGUAAGAGAAAUAAAUAAAGCACUAAUUCAUUGAAUAUGUCACUUUGGUUUUUAUUGUACAAAAACCAUGAUCUUUUUUUUUUCAUUUGCUGAAUCACCUCAUGUUCCUUUUUAGUGACUUCUGUCUGAGCAGAAUUGAAUCUCAUGAUCCUAGCUAUUAAACCCUAUUUAAUGUAAAAUAUUUUACCUGUCAUUCAGAUAUGUAAAUCUUCUAUGUCCUUUCCUCUGUUCUGUACAUUUAAUGUACAUAUUUCUGUCUUGUGUGAUUUGUAUAUUUCACUGGUUAAAAAAAAAGAAAGGAUUAUGCCAUAAUUGAAGAUAGACUAUAAAAAUAAAACUUUGGUUGUAUAUU